AAUUCAUAUGCUUGUCAUUUCACGGGGAAAAGGGCCGUUCUGAUUAUUUCAGUAAUAGCAGGCAAAAUGACAGAAGGAACCAAGACGAUGGCAAUUGUGGGAGUCGGCGUGUUUGCGCUUUCGGAAGCUGUAUUGGCUGUCUCCAUACGCACAAGAGGAUAUAACGCCACCGUCUUCGAUCAAAACCGCUAUGAUGAAACGAGAUAUCUACCAGGAUAUGAAGAUAGAGUGCAAUCCACACCCAUGGAUCACAACAAGAUUGUAAAUGAUCUCAAGGUCUAA